AUGACGCAACUAGGAUUCUCCGCCUUGCUAAGCAAGCUGCACUGGCGGAAGCUGAUUCUGACCGUGGCCAUGCUAGUGGUUGAGAAUUUCGUGUUCUUUGAUGAGACGCUAUGGGAGGAUCUUCCGACGAAGCAGGACCAGCAAUCUCUUACAGAUUCAAAAAUAAGUAUCGUGGAGGAUUGGGAGCCGGAUCCGCUGAUGAAGUUGGGCAAGGCUGGGAUACAGGAACUGGGAGUGCCAUCGGCGAGGACGUCGCUGGAGUCGAAGUCGACGGUAGUUGCGGCGACACCGAAUCUAUCCGGGGAUAAAUCCCGCAUUUAA